AAGAAAUAGAAUUAAACAAAUAUUGUGACGAUAAAAUAAGGGCUAUUGAAAAUAAGAAACCUAAAGCAAAAGAAUUAGAAAAUAUUACAUUUACGGAACAUGAAAAUAUGCAUUUUAAAUCGCGAAGAAAAAAGCGAUUAUUAAAAUGCAUAUCUUUACAAGCGCCGCUGAUGGCAAUUACAGCACCAAUAGAAAAAACCUUGUCAACUGCAGUGUUGUCGAUGAAGAAAGAGGAUGAUAAAUCCACUGCGACUACUGCAUUAAUAUUUAAUAAAAAUAUUCAAUCAAAAUGUCUAGAUGAACAUUCAACUGCACCGAGAAUAAACAUGAUCCAAGCUUUUCAGAAACUCAAAGAAAGUUUUCCUAAAAAUAAGUGUUUUAUCACAGAAUUAAUAAUGUUGGAACGCUAUCGUAAUAUGGGAGAUCUUGUUAUAAAAAAUAUAGAUCAUGAAUAGAGUACUGAAAUUACAUGACUGUGUGUAACCAAAAAUAGCAAUUGCAUUUAAUCAUCCAAUCUAGUUAAAGAUAUUUAAAUUAAAAGUCAAUACUACUAAUUAUAAUUUCCCCUGUUCUGGAAAUAUAAAAGUUCACAACCAGUUAAAAAAAUAUUCUUUUUUCUAAAUUAACUC